CCAGAAAAUAAAACGCAUGGAUAUAAGACAAAUAACACCGUUUCACCGAGUUCCUCAAGUAAGACCCUCCAGACUUUCCUCUUUACUUUGUAGCUUUGAAUUGGCUACUGCUACCUGAAACAUGUAAAGCUUUUGGUUUACAAUUCUCCUUUUGUUUCUUUGAGAGAGCUUUCUUUUUUGUCCUUUUGGGUUUGGUAAAUAGUAAUUUCAUGGAUCUAAUACAAGCUAAAUCGGAAGCGAAGAGAAGGAACAAUAUAGUGAGCGAGGAAUUGGAGAUUGAAAUCCUUGCGAGGCUUCCGGUGAUUUCUUUGUUGAGGUUCAAAUGCGUAUGCAAGUCAUGGCGGUCUCUCAUCAGUAGCCCCUUCUUCAUUGAAAAACACCUCCACGAUUGCAACUCCAUCAAUAACCCUAAUCUCCUUUUCAUAACCAAAAUCUGCGAUAGAGUUAAUUGGUACAGUAUGCAAUACGAUACGAUGUUCAUCGUUUCUCCUCAAACACUGCAAGUUAUUAAAACCCAAAACGACCCACCCCGUGUUCGGGAUAACUGGUGGCCACAAAUAUUGGGUUCUUGUAAUGGUCUCGUUUGUCUUUAUUGCAAUGUCGAUUAUGGAAAUGGGGCUAUUUGGAAUCCUGCAACUAGGGAGACUAAAGCCCUCCCCUGUUCCUUAAUACAACAAAGUCUGAUUAGAGCAGCUGGGUUUGGUUUCGAUGCCAAUAACAAUGAUUAUAAGGUGUUCCUGAUUCACUUAUUCACUGAUGGUGCUGAUGAUGAUGAUGAAGAGCUGUCAAAACCAGAGGGUUUCCAACUUGAGUACUAUAGUCUAAGAACAAAUUCUUGGAAAUUGGUUAAUGAAAUUCAGGGAAUGGAUUUAUUGUUUGAGGAUGGAACCAUCGGUGCAUACACUAAUGGAAUGAUUUCUUGGUUAGCAUAUACUGAAGAAGAAGAUUAUUCGGACCCCGAAAUUUGGCCAUUCACAUGGAGGGAUGAGAUAAUUUCGUUUGACAUCAGCAACGAGGUGAUCAUAAGGACACCCUUGCCAAAUAAUAUUGGUUCUCAUGCGGUUGAUCAAUCUGUUAAUCAUGUGAGGGUUUUAAAUGAAUCCUUUGCUGUUGUUAGUGAUAAUUUCCAUGACUGUGAGUUUGACAUAUGGGUGCUGCGUGAAGUUGGUGUAGUAGAGUCGUGGACUAAAUUAUUUACAGUUGGACCCCUUCCACAUUCGGUUCCGGAUCCAUUGGUAAUUUGGAAAGAAGGUGUGGUGUUUUGGAAUAGAAAAGAUAAAGAGCUUAUCUUGUAUGACUCGGCUAACCAACAAAAAAGUUGUGCUGGAAUUCCUAAAAGACAAUACCAGUUAACGGAUGCUGUUAUAUACAGAGAGAGUCUGGUUCCAUUAUUCACGGAUGGAACAACUUAGGAAUGACAAAACAAUUUAUGCCGCUUUUACUAGGCUCUGCAGGCAGCGAAUUGGAAUUUAGGCAUUUUUUCCUGCUUAUCUACUGCUCUAGAAACCUGAAUUCUUAUGUUACAUACUACACUAAGGGUCUGCUAUUAUGGGGUCUUGCAACGGUGUCGUUUGUCUGUAUUGCGUAGGUCAUUGUGGUUUUUAAAUGUGUGUCAAACAGGCAAUGUGAUUCUUUGGAACCCUGCAACUAGAGAGACUAAGGUUGUCCCAAGUUCCCACAUUCAGCGAAUAACAGGGAUGAAGAUUUUGAGAUUCUGACUGUUGGAUUCUGUUUUGAUGUCAACGAGUAAGGAUUACAGAGUAGUCAUGAUUCAUGCUUGCACUGAAAGUGAUCCUCUGAGCUUCCAACUUGAGGUCUAUGGUUUUAGAACUGAGUUUUGGAGAUUAGUUACAGGAAUGCAAAGUGUGGAUCUGUUGUUAAUGGAAGGAGCACUUGGUAUAUACGCUGUUAGCGUUUAAGGAGGGAGAGGAGGAAGAAGAAGACGAAGAAGAUUGAAUUUUGAAUAGGUGUAUGUUGCUUGGUUUUUUUCUGAAUUGGCCCCUUUGAAGAUAUUGUAGGUCUAAGACAAUUUUUGUCGUCCAAUAUUAUUAUCCAUGGUCUUUUAUUGUGUUUAAUGUUAAACCUAAUUGUCUAACAAUGUUCAUACUCUUCGAUAUCUAGGGUAUUGGGUUUGAUUAACCCAAUGAUUAAAAAUAAAAGUAAAUAAAUAAAAAGCCGUUAAAGUAAGUAUUUGUGAACAA